CAGGUCUCGGGCCCCUCAGGCGGAGCGGUGGGCGCCGGACCCCCGGGUGGGAGCGACAGGUCUCGGGCCCUCAGGCGGAGCGGCGGGCGCGCCGGACCCCCAGGCGGAGCGACAGGUCUCGGGCCCCCAGGCGGAGCGGCGGGCGCCGGACCCCCAGGUGGAGCGACAGGUCUCGGGCCCUCAGGCGGAGCGGCGGGCGCCGGACCCCCAGGUGGAGCGACAGGUCUCGGGCCCUCAGGCGGAGCGACAGGUCUCGGGCCCCCAGGCGGGGCGGCGGGCGCCGGACCCCCAGGUGGAGCGGCGGGCGCUGGACCCCCAGGCGGAGCGACAGGUCUCGGGCCCCCAGGCGGAGCAGCGGGCGCCGGACCCCCAGGUGGAGCGACAGGUCUCGGGCCCCCAGGCGGAGCGACAGGUCUCGGGCCCCCCAGGCGGAGCGGCGGGCGCCGGACCCCCAGGUGGAGCGACAGGUCUCGGGCCCUCAGGCGGAGCGGCGGGCGCCGGACCCCCAGG